UUGGUUCUCGAGCCCCAGAACCAGUGAAGAAAAAAGUUUUAGAAAUGAUGUACAGCUGGACUGUGAGUUUACCAGAAGAGACAAAGAUUUCUGAUGCUUAUCAGAUGCUUAAGAAACAAGGUAUCAUUAAACAGGACCCAGAUCUUCCUGAUGACAAGUCCUGCCCUCCUCCACCGCCCAGACCCAAAAACGCCAUCUUUGAGGAUGAGGAGAAAUCAAAGGUUGUUGAGAUGCAGUUUAGGAUGAUGAUGUUUUAUGUUUAUUUUCCUAUGUCUUUACUCCGUGUACUGUGAUUGAAACUUAAAAAGGAUUCGGGAGUAAGGUUGGUCAAUUUGACUUGUGUGACGGACACAAAACUAUGUUACUAUAUGUUUGUAAACCAUGAGCUAAUGAAGCAUUUUAAACGGGUCAUAUGAUGCGAUUUCAAUUUUUCCU